AUGCCGGCUCCAGCGGCGCGUAAAAUUGAUGUGAACCGAACGAAGUGGGAUCGCCUGAAGCUGGAAUGUGAGAAACUGGCCAGUGAGAAGACCGAGAUGCAGCGGCAUUAUGUCAUGUAUUAUGAGAUGUCCUAUGGGUUGAAUAUAGAAAUGCACAAGCAGGCAGAGAUUGUCAAGAGGCUGAAUGCUAUCUGUGCACAAGUCAUUCCCUUCCUGUCCCAAGAGCACCAGCAACAAGUGGUGCAGGCUGUGGAACGGGCCAAGCAGGUGACCAUGGCCGAACUGAACGCCAUCAUUGGGCAGCAACAACUCCAGGCCCAGCAUUUGUCACAUGGACAUGGUCUGCCGGUGCCUCUGACCCCACACCCUUCCGGCCUUCAGCCCCCAGCCAUUCCUCCCAUUGGGAGCAGUGCUGGCCUCCUGGCCCUCUCCAGUGCCCUGGGAGGCCAGUCCCACCUUCCAAUUAAAGAUGAGAAGAAGCACCAUGACAAUGAUCACCAAAGAGACAGAGACUCCAUCAAGUGGCACUCAGAAUUAAACAGACUUCCCCAUGGCCUGCUGAGCCCCGCACAGCCCAGCCCUCCCGCUGUCCGGCACCAGCCCCUCAUGCUGGCCCUCCAGGGUCGGCACCCAGGCCUCCUGCCUCUCUGUCCACAGCGUUCUCCUGGCCGUCCACAUGGAUCUUUGAGACCUCUGUCAUCCAGUAUGGUAGCCACAAGCCACACGUGGCUGUUAAAGUCCUGGAAACGUGGCCAGUCCAAAUCGAGACUGGCUGCAGGUGUGAAACGCGUGCCAGAUUUUGAAGACCUCGUACUAAAAAAAUCACUUGCUUCCUCAUGUAACCCACAGUUUGGCCCACGGGCAGACAGUGGCUGUCCGGAGAGGGAAGCUGAGGUGGCCACACAAGGACCAGACCUGUGUCUUUGGUGUCAGAGCAUCACACAGCAGCAGCAGCUCAGCUCGCCAGCUAAAGAUCCAUCUUCCCCUCGAGGGAGCCCAGCACAUUCCCCGAGGGAGAAUGGUCUGGACAAGACGCGCCUGCUCAAGAAAGAUGCCCCCAUCAGUCCAGCAUCUAUCGCAUCCUCCAGCAGCACUCCUUCCUCCAAAUCCAAAGAGCUUAGCCUUAAUGAAAAAUCUACCACUCCUGUUUCAAAAUCCAAUACCCCUACUCCACGAACUGAUGCACCCACACCAGGCAGUAACUCCACUCCCGGAUUGAGGCCUGUGCCUGGAAAACCACCAGGAGUCGACCCCCUGGCCUCAAGCCUAAGGACCCCGAUGGCAGUCCCUUGUCCAUACCCAACCCCGUUUGGGAUCGUGCCCCACGCUGGGAUGAAUGGGGAGCUGACCAGCCCAGGUGCCGCCUACGCUGGGCUGCACAACAUUUCUCCGCAGAUGAGCGCGGCGGCCGCUGCUGCUGCCGCCGCCGCCGCCUACGGGAGAUCCCCAGUGGUUGGGUUUGACCCACACCAUCACAUGCGCGUGCCAGCAAUACCUCCAAACCUGACCGGCAUUCCGGGAGGAAAACCAGCAUACUCCUUCCACGUCACCGCGGACGGUCAGAUGCAGCCCGUCCCUUUCCCCCCCGACGCCCUCAUCGGACCCGGCAUCCCCCGCCACGCGCGCCAGAUCAACACCCUGAACCACGGGGAGGUGGUGUGCGCGGUGACCAUCAGCAACCCCACGAGACACGUGUACACGGGCGGGAAGGGCUGCGUCAAGGUCUGGGACAUCAGCCACCCCGGCAACAAGAGCCCCGUGUCUCAGCUCGACUGUCUGAACAGGGAUAACUACAUCCGUUCCUGCCGAUUGCUCCCUGACGGUCGCACCCUCAUCGUGGGAGGGGAAGCCAGCACUCUGUCCAUCUGGGACCUGGCGGCUCCGACCCCGCGCAUCAAGGCGGAGCUGACGUCCUCGGCCCCUGCGUGCUACGCCCUGGCCAUCAGCCCCGACUCCAAGGUCUGCUUCUCGUGCUGCAGUGACGGCAACAUCGCGGUCUGGGACCUGCACAACCAGACGCUGGUGAGGCAAUUCCAGGGCCACACAGAUGGGGCCAGCUGUAUUGACAUUUCUAAUGAUGGCACCAAGCUCUGGACGGGCGGCCUGGACAACACGGUCAGGUCCUGGGACCUGCGCGAAGGGCGGCAGCUACAGCAGCAUGACUUCACCUCACAGAUCUUUUCUCUCGGCUACUGCCCAACUGGAGAGUGGCUCGCAGUGGGGAUGGAGAACAGUAACGUGGAAGUGCUACAUGUCACCAAGCCAGACAAAUACCAGCUACAUCUCCAUGAGAGCUGUGUGCUGUCGCUCAAGUUUGCCCAUUGUGGCAAAUGGUUUGUAAGCACUGGAAAGGACAACCUUCUGAAUGCCUGGAGAACACCUUAUGGAGCCAGUAUAUUCCAGUCCAAAGAAUCCUCAUCGGUGCUUAGCUGUGACAUCUCUGUGGAUGACAAAUACAUUGUCACUGGCUCUGGGGACAAGAAGGCCACGGUUUAUGAAGUUAUUUAUUAA